GUGGCCGCCGCCACCGCCACGACACCGAACACUUCUUGCCAGUCGAAGUUCCAACAGACGGCGCCAAAGAUUUGCAUUAAGGACGGUUGCUUGCUGGGGACGACCAUGAACGAUAUGAAGGGCCAGCCGUUCGAAGCGUUCCUGGGCAUUCCCUUUGCAAAACCGCCGAUCGGGAAGCUACGGUUUGUGAACCCCGUCCGAAAUGACCGCUGGAAGGAAGCGGUCUACAACGCGUCGACCGAGAAACCGAUGUGCCUCCAGCGGAACGAUCUGCUGCCGGGGUCGCCGGUCACCGGUAGCGAAGACUGUCUGUAUCUCAACGUGUACCGACCAGAGCGAUCGAACGACUCCAACAAAACCGCUUCACUGCCAGUGAUGGUGUACAUCCACGGUGGAGGAUUCUUCUCGGGCACGGCCAGCCCGUUGGUGGUCGGACCCGAGUACAUUAUGGCCACCAAGCGUGUGAUCCUCGUAACCAUCCAGUACCGACUGGGAGUGCUCGGGUUUCUGUCGACCGGCGAUUCCCUCGCUCCGGGCAACGCUGGGCUGAAAGAUCAAACGCUGGCGUUGCAGUGGGUGAAGGACAACAUCCGUACCUUCGGCGGCGAUAGCAACCUGGUGACGAUCUUUGGCCAGAGUGCGGGCGCCACCUCCGUUCACCUGCACAUGAUCAGCCCACUGAGCCGCGGACUGUUCACGCGAGCCAUCACGAUGAGCGGCAACGCGCUGGUACCGUGGAACAUUCCUACCAAAGAUCCGUUGGCAUUGGCCCGCGCUACGGCACGGGUGGUCGACAUUGCGGGUUACGAUCAACUGUCCACCAAGGCACUUCUGGCAAAGUUGCAAGACGUUCCGGGGGAGACGCUCGUUGAGAACAACAAGUUGCUGAAGAGCUGGUCCAUCGAUCCGUUGACACUGUUCCGGCCGGUGGUUGAAUCGAAGAACCUAUCGGGAGCCUUCCUGGUGGACGAUCCAAAGGAGAGCUGGCAAAAGGGGGCCUACCAGCAGGUUCCGUGGCUCGUGGGCUACGUACCGAACGAGGGAGCCGUGCGAGCAUUGGCGAUCUUCAAGAGCCCCCAGCUGUUCCAGGAGCUUAGGGCCAACUUCAGCUGCAUCCUUCCGAUCCUUCUCGAGCGGCCACCAUCCAAGGUUAUGAUGGAGUUGAUACGAUCGCGCUUCUUCAAUGACACCACGGACACGGAUCCGAUCCGACCGGAACAUUUGCAAGCAUUCGUCGAUCUCUACACCGAAGCCGGGUUCCUGUAUCCGAUCCAGCUGGGCGUGAAACAGUACGCCACACUGGCCAACACCGACCGGGCGCCGGUUAGCGUGUACCGAUUCGCGUACAAAGGUCGGUACUCCUAUUCGGCCCUCUUUGCCGGGGGUGACCUCGGCGACUACGGGGUAGUGCACUGUGACGAUCUGAUCUACCUCUUCCGAUCGCCGGCCAUUUUUCCCGACUUCCCCGCCGGUUCGCCCGAGCUACAGAUGGUGGACACUUUCGUGAACUUUUUCAUCGAUUUUGCCAUCAACGGAAAAGCCAAGUCAUUCGUCCCGCAUCACGAGUGCAAAAAUGACAACCAAGUGUACCAAUCCUUGGACUGCGACGUCCAAGAGUUUGUCCGGCAAAACGAUGAAGUGAGCGUGAAAGCGUUGAGUGGCCGCAACGAGGACAUGUUUUCUUUCUGGAAAGACUUCUACUAAAGCACCGCGCACAAAAUGAGAUACUUACCGCUUACCACACGCACGCACCCCCCCGUUAAUAGUGCAAAUGUAAGAUAAAACGUUCACCAUUUCGUCGUCCUGUUCAUAAAGUGUUAGCAGUAGAUAGGUUAGAAAUUAGUUUCCUUUGCGCUUUUAUUUUUUGUUUGGAGCCGGAAUGAUUUGCAAUGCUUAGAAUAAACGAAGAAACC